UCUCUCUCUCUCUCUGUUCCCAGAGUGCUCCUGUUCCCCCCUCUGUCCAGUCGCCUCAGGUACCUGAUCCAUCGGACGGUGGAAAACAUGGAUUUGCUGAGCAGCUUCUCGGUGGGGGAAGGCUGGAGGAGGAGGACGGUCAUCUGCCACUCGGCCGUGAGGCUGCCCAACGAGACCAGUGACCAAAAACCCGGCCCCAACCCGGCCCGGCCCCACCGCCCUGCGCAGCCCUGGGGCCGGGGGGGCCGAGGGACACGGCCCAGGCACGGAGGGGACAUCCAUGGGGACACCUCCCGGGCCUGUGUGGGCUCUGGCAGGAUCACCAGGCCCCCUAGGAGGAAGCCAGACAAAGCCCUGUACGUGCCCAAGGUGGUGAGGAAGAAGGCGAACUGGAGGGAGCGGGACAGCCCCGGAGAGGCCGGAGGGGAUGCGGCGCAAGGAGAUGAAAUCUGUCCCAAAAAUUCCACGUUGGAUGCCCGGGAGGAGCUGGGCAAGUCUGAAGAAGGCCCAGGGGGUGUCCCUGUGGCUCUUGGAAAGCAGCAGGAGCCCGGUGAAGGAGGUUUUUCGGGAAAAACUGACGCUGGCUCCCACGCUGAGCGUCCUCCGUGCGGUACAAACAUCCCGUCCUUUGGGAACAGCAACGAUUCCUCUGAGCAGGAAAGUCGGGAUAAAGACUGCUCUGAUUCCUUUUCUUCUGGGCACAGUAAACACCCACCUCCCAAGGCAGAAGAGCAAGAUCUGAGCCGUGACAACGCUGUUGUCGCAGAAGGCAGCGAAUUCCUGCGAGACGGAGACCAAACCAGCCGGGAUUCCGGAGUGCUGGAGAGCGGGAACACCUCCCUGCUGGAGAGUCGUGGUGGCAGCUGCUGUCCACACCUGGCUAUGACCGAGUCCCUGGGGCUGGAAAACCAAGAUAAGGGCAUUGCUGCUGCUGCCAAGAGCCUGGAGAGCAGCAGGAACCUGUCAGCACCCGAAGAGCAGGGCAAGGUCCCCGCGAAUUUCUCCGCGCUGGAAAGCCGAGAUCGGGAGUGCCCAAGUGUCACCCACACGGAGCAGAAACCCCUGGAAGCCCGGAGGGAGCCUCUGGCUGCAGCUGGGCUGGUGGCUGGUGGUGACCCAUCAGCUCCUGAGGAGCAGGGGGAGCACUGGGGGGAUGCUGGCAGUGGGAAGGUGCCCCUGGAAGAGGAGGUGGAGGAGGAGAAGGAGCCCUCGGAUGUGACCGAUGCUCUGUGGAGGGAGCUGCGCUCACCUGCGGGUGACAGAGAGGAGAGGGGGAGCAGGCAGGAGCAGAGCAGCCUGGAGGACGACUGCGCUGCAGAGCUCUUGGCAGAGAUUGUGGGGAAUUUGACGGUGAAGGACAUCAGCAUCGAGAGGAUCAGCGUGGACUAUUCCAGCUACGGCGAGGCCCAGGUCAGCGAGGGGGAUUUUGGCCACGUCACCGAGAUCUACGACUUCCCCUCAUCCCUGAAAACGGAGGAUCUGAUGGAAAUGUUCUCAGAUUUCCACGAGAGUGGUUUCAAAAUCCAGUGGGUGGAUGACACGCACGCCCUGGGAAUCUUCUCCAGCCUUUCCACAGCAUCUCAAGCCCUGGGCCGACGUUAUCCCUGUUUAAAGAUCCGGCCCCUGAUCCACGCCUCGAAACAGUCCAAGCUCAGGGCCCUGCAGCGACCAAAACUCCUCCACCUCGGGAAGGAACGGCCCCAGACGGACACGGCCGUGGCCAGGAGACUCGUGUCCCACGCCCUGGGCUGGAGGCACAGGCAGCAGGAAGGCUCAGGAACUGAAGUUUUCCAGCAGGAAGCGUCGGACCAGCAGGAAUAAAAAAAAAAA